AUACGAUUUCAAUGAUAUAUUCUGAAAACACAUUCGUCCUAUCCGAAUAUAAUGGAUAGACAACUGUCACCAUGAAGGAAUAGUGGAAGUGCUGUGGAUUAUUGUUAUUUAUCUCUAAAACAUGGAACAAAGAGGACGCGGGGCAUGGCUGGAGGGACGGCAGUGGGUUGUGUUCAUGGUUGCUUUGGUUCUCUUUUGGAGCGGAGGUUCUGCACAGAUAAGAUACUCCAUCUCUGAAGAGCUUAAGGAAGGAACUGUCGUUGGGAAUAUAGCUAAGGAUUUGGGUAUAGAGCUAAGCACAUUGAAGGAAAGGGGAUUUCGAAUCGUAUCUGGCUCGACUGAUCCCCUUUUCCAGGUAAACCAGAAUGACGGCAUCUUGUAUGUGAACCGAAAAAUAGACAGAGAGGAGGUGUGCGAACGGAGCAGCGUGUGUUUAAUCAACCUGAAAACCGUUCUAGAGAACCCGCUGGAGAUCCAUUAUGUUGCUGUGGAGGUGUUAGAUGUUAACGACCAUUCUCCCAUCUUUCCCGAAAAAGAGAAAAGGUUAGAGAUUUCAGAAUCUGCGGUACCUGGGGCGAGAUUUCAGCUUAAUGCUGCUCAUGAUCGAGAUGGAGGCAUUUAUUCUAUUCAACAGUAUAAACUCAGCCCCAAUGAUCAUUUCCGUUUGGAAGUUAAAGAUCGAGGUGAGGACCGCAAAACCCCUACUUUGAUUUUACAGAAGGCGUUAGAUAGAGAGGCCAUACGGAGCCAUAGAUUAUUGCUCACGGCUAUUGAUGGAGGUAAACCUCCUAGAUCUGGAGACAUGAGAAUAACUGUAGAUGUAUUAGACGUAAACGAUAACACCCCUGUCUUUACUAAGGAGGUAUACUCUGUAACGCUGAAUGAAAAUGCCCCUUUAGGCACAACAGUCAUACAGAUGAACGCGACUGAUUUGGACGAAGGUUCAAAUGGCGAAAUAAUGUAUUCUUUCGCCAACGACGUGGGCGGUAGAGUACGGAAACGUUUUGAUUUAGACUGCAUUACCGGGGAAAUAAUUGUAAAGGGUGUUAUUAAUUUCGAGGAAAAUAACAGCUUUGAGAUUGAUAUUCAGGCAUCAGACAAGGGGACAGCUCCUUUGACAACUGACAAAACUAUUAUUAUCAAUGUAAUUGACGUUAAUGACAAUGCACCGGAGAUUGAAGUGACAUCUUUCUCUAACGCAAUCCCCGAGGAUUCCAAACCCGGAACUACUGUAGCACUGAUCAGUGUUAAUGAUUUGGACUCUGGUCUCAAUGGCAAAGUUCUUUGCUCGCUACUUGAAGAUGUACCUUUCAAACUAAUUCCCUCUUUACAAGAUAACAUGUAUUCUGUAGUCACCAAGUCACCACUAGAUAGGGAGAAAGAGACUGAAUAUGAUCUAACAAUAGUAGCCAAAGACGCAGGGGAACCGUCCUUGUCAUCUAUAAAGACUAUCAGCGUUGUUGUAUCAGAUGUGAAUGACAACAGUCCAGAGUUUUCACUGAGUCCCUAUGCGUUCUAUGUCACUGAGAAUAACAUCCCCGGCGCCUCAGUAUUUUCCGUGAGUGCGUCAGAUCCAGACAUGAAUGAAAACGCACUUAUUUCAUAUCAUAUAUUGAGAGAUGGUGGCGAGGAAAACAAAUGGGCGUCCUUUCUCAGCAUAAAUUCGGAAAAUGGGAACAUAUUGGCGCUAAAAAGUUUUGACUUUGAAACUUUAAAAACAUUCAAUUUCCAAGUUGUAGCUACAGACUCUGGAACUCCGUCACAAAACAGCAACGUCACAGUGAAUGUGUUCAUUCUGGAUCAGAACGACAAUACUCCAAGGAUCUUGUAUCCAGUCAGCGCUAACGGUUCUGCUGAAGGUGUGGAGGAGAUUCCCCGCAAUGUGAACGCAGGCCAUUUGGUGACUAAAGUGAGAGCCUAUGACGCUGAUAUCGGAUAUAACGGCUGGUUAUUAUUUUCACUGCAGGAAGUUACUGACCACAGUCUCUGUGCUUUGGAUCGCUAUACAGGACAGAUAAGGACACUUCGGUCAUUCACGGAGACAGACGAGGCUGCGCAUAAACUGGUCAUACUGGUAAAAGACAAUGGAAACGUUUCACUGUCAGCAACAGCUACUGUGAUUAUCAACGUUGUGGAGCCCAAAGAGGCUUUUGCAGCUUCUGAUGUUAAAAGUUCAGUAAAAGACGAGGAGGAGAACAGCGUUACAUUUUAUUUGAUCAUUACAUUGGGGUCAGUUUCAAUGCUUUUUCUCAUCAGUAUCAUCGUGUUGAUUGUAAUGCAGUGCUCCAAACCCACAGACUAUUCCUCCAAGUAUUUACAAGAUGUGAAUAACGACGGGACACUGUGCCACAGCAUCCAGUACAGAUCCGGAGACAAACGGUACAUGUUAGUUGGACCCAGAAUGAGUAUAGGUUCUACCAUAGUCCCGGGCAGCAAUGGAAAUACUCUAGUGCUACCUGAACACAGGAGGAGAGCUUCUGGAGAGGUAAGAAAUUGA